CUCUCCCCUCUGUAAAAGAGUAGCGUGCUGGACCUGGGGAGGACAUGGUUAGGAGAGAGCUGGAGCAGGACACCAGCCACCACAGCGCUCUUCUGCCGGAAUGAUGAACUCAUCCAGAAUCACAGCAAAUGGGAGCUGAAAAUAGCUGCCGUGUCAGCGUCAGAUGAGGGCUUCUACAAGUGUGAGACCUCAGGGAAAGUGUCCGCGUCGAGCUGGAUGUCUGUAAAAUCAGGACCGAAGCAUGGAAACUCAGCUUUUCCCACUUGGCUAAUCUUUGGAUUGGUGGUUUCACUGACCAGUGGACUGUUGAUUCUGCUGCUGUGCUGUUAUUGCGGCCAUUCAGAAGGUGAGACCUUCACCGUCCAACGUGGACCGCUGCGUACCGUCCAAAGUCAUCUGGGAAGUGCAGACGAAAACCUGCUGUAUGCUCAGAUUCAUUUCAAAGGCAAAAAUAAACCCACCGAUGAUAAAGAAAACACCUCCCCUGACGUGGCUGCCACCAUUUAUUCUGAAAUCAAACUAUAGGAGACUGUCAUUUAAUGUGGGCAUUGAAGCUCAUUUGUAGCUUAAGAUGUUUUUUCCAUAUACAUGCAGAUUCAAUUCAACAAAAAGAAUUAA